UCGCACAGCAGGGGACUCGGGCGCCAGCGGAGAUGCAGCUGCGGCUCUGGCUUCUGGCCGCGCAGCUCACAGCUCUGCACAGCAGCUGUGCCCAUCAGCAGACCCCCGAGUCUGUGAUGGUCCAGACCAACCAAGAGGUGACGAUGACCUGCAAUAUUAAAAUCUCCCUGAGCAACAGCCGCAUCUACUGGCUGAGACAGCACCAGGACCCCAGCAAGGACAGUCACUAUGAGUUCCUGGUCUCUGAGGAUUUCUCCAAAAACAUCACCUAUGGCAGCGGUUGGACACAGGAGAUGCUCGCUCUGUCUCGGAGCUCCACCCGCUUCACUCUCAGGCUCAUGCAUGUGAAGCCUGAGGACAGCAGUGUCUACUUCUGCAUGACCAUGGGGGCCCCCGAGCUGACCUUUGGGACAGGAACCAACCUGAGUGUAGUUGAUGUUCUGCCCACCACUGCGCAGCCCACCAAGAAGACGACCCCCAAGAAGAGAGGGUGCCUGUCCUCCAGCCCAGUGACCCGGCAAGGCCUGCGCUGUGGCCUCAUCACUCUCAGCCUGCUGGUGGCCAGUGUCCUGCUCCUCCUGCUAUCUCUGGCUGUGGCCGUCCACCUGUACUGCCUUCGGAGGAGAGCACAGCUUCGCUUCAUCAAGCAGAUCUACAAAUGAGCAGAGGUUUUGCUCUCAGUGUCCUGCUACAAAAAGCCAUUGGUCGGAAAUGAGCAAGAUCUGGACAAAAGAGAGAGAAGGGGACACACUCAAUGGUGGACAUUUUACUGCCUUGCUCUAGCUGCCUGCUUUUAACUGCUGCAAGUUCUUUCUGGGGGCCUCCCACAGAACCCUUGGGGGUUUGCCACUAAGAGUUUUAGAGAGAAGGCUCUGGAGCCCUUGGGCACUUCGAAAAGUGCACUGGAGAACUGAAAACACCACCAAAGACCUAGAAUCAACUCUGAAGAUGCCACCUUUGGCUCCUGUGCUCUCCCCAGGCUCGGCUGGGACCUUGGGGUGACCACAAGUCAUCAUCUCUGCAAGCUGCUUUGCCCUAGUAUGGCAGCGACAUUGGUUCCUGGGUCUGUUACGGGGUGGAGCUGGGAUGACAACCUCCCCAAGAGGCUGCUUGUGAAAACGGCUUCCAGAGAAGGAAUUCCCAGCAGCCAUGGGAGUCUCCUGGCUCGAAAGCUGGUGGGUUGGGGAAGGAAUUUCAUUCCAUGGCUUGUGUAUUUCUGUCAC